CUUUACCCGCUCCACUUCCGAGCUCGAGCUCCUCCGAGUCCUCCAGUCGUCAGUCCUCGCUCCCACUCCCCCCACUUCGCCACUUUCCCCACUCCUUUCCCUUCUCCGCUUCCUCUCCGGAGUCGAAACCCUAGGUCCCUCGCCAACCAGCUCGAUGGCCUGGGCGGCGGCUACGGCUGUGGCUACGGCGCUGGUGGUUGCGGCGGCGGCGCUGUCGCCGGCCUCCGUGGCGUCGGCGUCCAAUGCGGAGGGCGACGCGCUGUACGCGCUGCGGCGCGCGCUCACGGACCCCCGGGGCGUGCUGCAGAGCUGGGACCCCACCCUCGUCAACCCCUGCACCUGGUUCCACGUCACCUGCAACCGCGACAACCGCGUCACCCGAGUGGAUUUGGGUAACUCAAAUUUGUCAGGGAGUCUUGUUCCUGAACUGGGGCACCUUGAGCACCUGCAAUAUCUAGAACUCUAUAAGAAUGAUAUUCAGGGUACUAUCCCAUCGGAACUUGGGAAUCUGAAGAGCCUUAUCAGCUUGGACCUGUAUAACAACAAUAUUACAGGGACCAUACCAAAGGAACUUGGCAAGAUGAAAUCCUUAGUAUUCCUGCGACUUAAUGACAACCAUUUGACUGGUCCAGUUCCAAGGGAACUGACAAAAAUCUCUAGCCUCAAAGUGAUAGAUGUCUCAAACAAUGAUCUUUGUGGCACAAUCCCGACUAGUGGGCCUUUUGAGCAUAUACCAUUGAGCAACUUCGACAAUAAUCCAAGAAUGGAAGGCCCGGAGUUGCAAGGGCUUGCAACGUAUGACACAAACUGCUGAAAUGGCAAGCAGCUCUCGUCGCUCACGCGACAUAGAUGUCCAGCGGAUGAAAACUUUAUUGAAGCAUCUGGUAGAAAAGUAUGCCUGGUAGUCCUGGUAGCUUGUAGCGUGCCUGCUAGUAAAAAGCAGGGCGGCAGCUCGCUGCCGCGCUUUGUAGAUAGUGUUUAUCAAUAGCUUGUAGCACCCUGUUGAGACCUCUUGGACUGAUGGUCCAGACUCCAGUGAAUUGACAAUGUCACGUACUGUAUUGUACUACUGUUGGUCGAAGAACUGGGACCGUGGAAAUAUUUAGUUGCCGUUUUCACUGUAUCA